GUUGGGCUCCUCAUGGGACUACCAAGUUCAUAUUAUUUCUCUUUUUAAACCACUCUCUACGACCCUGCGCACGUCUACAAACUAGUUAGGUCGACAAGUGUCUCAACUGCCAAAUGCCAAAAAAUCGCCAAGGGAACAAGUCGGAGUCGGAGGCUAAUGCUAACGUUAGCGCUAGCGCAGCAGAUGAUGCUAACGACGAUAAUCAACAGACAGUGCUGCUGGCCAUCGAGUCUUUAAAGCAAGAUUUGAUGGCGAAAAUGGAAGAAAAGGCGACAGCCCAGUCGGCAGAACUCCGGAGCCAGAUUGGCCAGAUUCAGACCGAACUACGAUGUGCGGUGGAACAAGUUGAUAAACGAAUGGAGGCGGCCGAGGGCCGAGUGUCUGAGCUGGAGGCUGAGGUUAGCGGUCGCUCGGACUCAUUUGCCUCUAUGGAAGCAGAUGUCAGCGUUAUGAAAAAAGAACUGGCAACACUGAGAGACCGCUGUGAAGAUUUGGAGGCAAGAUUGCGGCGUUGCAAUAUACGCAUAAUGGGAGUGAAGGAAGGACGUGAGCAUGGGAAACAUCCGUCUCAGUUUGUGACUAACCUGCUUAAAGAAGCUCUGAAUCUCGAGAAGCCUCCGACCAUAGACCGGGCACAUCGCACCCUCCGCAGUAAGCCGACGCAAGACAACCUCCCACCUCGGGUGUUCGUGGUGAAGUGCCAUUACUUCUCCGAAAAAGAGUCGCUUCUGAAGAAAGCCAUGGAGAUGAAGUCGGUGACUACUGCAGACGGCGAUCAUAUCCGAAUCCUGCCGGAUUUCAUCCAGACCAUGAGUAAACAGCGGGCAGCCUUUACCGAGGUGAGAGGGCUGCUUCGGGGCUGUGAGGGGGUCCGCUACGGCCUGUGAUACCCCGCGACACUAAGAAUAACCACAGCGGAUGGACAAGAGGCAAGUUUCAAGGAUCUGAAGCUGGCUAAGGAGUUUGUUUUAAAGAGGGUGAUGCACAAGGCUUCAUAAUGUUCGUGUUUCGGUGAGUGGCCACUGACUAAAGUACCAGUUUAUUAAGCUGGGAGAUGAAGGUGAGACACAUCACGGACAGUUUCCUUUUCCUUUGGAGAAUUCGGGAGUGUCUUUCCCUGCUUGGUCUUGGUGUCCCUGCUGUCAAUAUUUGGGUAGGUACAGUCUAGUGGAGGAGAGCUAAGGCUUCUAUUUUGUUAUGUUAUUUCACGUUCAGGACCGCUUAACUUCACUACUUGAAAGACUCUGAUUUCCUUGCCGGCUACAUACACUCAAAGAAG